AUGUCCAACACAACCGCCUCAGCAAUUCCCGUCUUUGGGUCCUUCUUUCCAGAUGUUUUGGAGGAUGUGAACACAUUUCAAUACUUCUCAGCAGCUUUGUUUGCUAUUCUAGCUUUUGUCUCGUACAAUUUCUUGAUCUCUAGCAAGUUCAAAGACGCCGAGGGUAACAAAAUACCCCACGGACCUACUGGAUUUCCUGUACUGGGAUCUUUUCCGUUCCUGACUCACUACCCAGAGCUCACUCUGGACAAAUGGGCCAAGAAGUUCGGCGAGCUGUACUCUGUAUGGCUUGGAAACCAACUCUUUGUGAUCAUCUCUAGCCCCGAGAUCGCCAAGGAUCUGAUGGUCACCAACGGCGCCGUAUUUUCGUCACGUAAAGAGAUGUUUAUCAAGAGCCAAACCGUCUUUCUUGGUCGCGGAAUCACUGCCACCCCACACAACCCUACUUGCCCGGAAUGUAGGAAGAAGCAUCGCCGCAUUGCCACAAAUUGGCUCCACUCCAAGGAAGUCGACAAGUAUACUCACGUCCUGGACCGCGAGGCUACCGACAUGAUCAAAUGUCUAUACGAAGUUUGCGACGGCGGCAAUGCCCUUGUGAAUCCCCAACCAUUUGCUGGCCGCUGUUCUCUCAAUAACAUGUUGACUAUUGUCUUUGGGACAAGGACCAAAUCGGUCCACGACCCUCUGGUCAAGACUUCCCUCAGGCUCAGCCGAGAGUUCAUGAAUCUCACUGGCCCCAUGUCAAACCUCACAGACUUUGUGCCCCUACUGCAGUAUCUGCCUCUAUCCCUGCGCAGUCGGGGCCGCCAGCUAAACAAGGAUCUUGCCGCGACAUACGGUGGGAUGAUCAAGGAUAUCGAUCGCCGUAUGCGGAGUGGUCAAAAGGUCCCUGAAAGUCUUUCCAAGACCAUGCUCCAGAUCCGCGACAUGGAGAAGCUCGAUGACAUGGACAUGGCAAUCCUUGCGUCCGCCUUUAUGAUUGGCGGUGUGGAGACCACUGCUUCCAUUAUGCAAUGGUUUUCUGCCCUCAUCCCAUCCUAUCCAGAGAUCCAAAAGCGAGCACAGGCAGAACUGGAUCGCGUCGUGGGGAGAGAUCGUCUUCCUCAGGUUGAAGAUGAGAAGAACCUCCCCUAUUGCCACGCAAUCGUGAAGGAGAUUGAACGUUGCCACAACCCCUUCUGGCUUGGCACACCGCAUGUGGCAUCAGAAGACUUUACCUACAAGGGUCAAUUCAUCCCGAAGGAUACUGUUUUGGUCCUCAAUACGUGGACCAUGCAUCAUGACCCAGAACGACACUCGGACCCUCAUAACUUCAACCCUGAUCGCUACCUCCACGAUAACCUAUCGUCAGCCGAUAGUUCCAACCUUGCAGAUCCCUACCAGCGGGAUAACUGGAUGUUCGGGGCCGGGCGACGGAUUUGUCCCGGCAUGUGGGUUGCAGAACGGGAGAUUUGGCUGGCAAUCUCACGUCUGAUCUGGGCCUUUGAUCUAGAGGCCGUCCCGGAGCACCCAAUCGAUCUCAAGGAGUACGAUGGCUUGUCAGGUCGAUCGCCUGUGCCCUUCCAGAUCAAGUUGAAACCCCGGCAUGAGAAUGUUGGUCGGGUUCUGUCGGCUGCAGCAUCGGCUGAAUAG